UCGGAUUUGUUUUCUCUUAAUCGAUUUAUGACUUUUGAACACCGGUAUACUACUGUUGCCUUCAUUCAUCAUAUUAAGUCCAAUAACAGAGUUGUUAAUUAAUAAUAUAUAAAACAUGAAAUAUUUUACAGCAGUACGCAAGUAAUAUACUUCUUUAAAACUACACACACUUUUUUGUCAUGAUAAUGUUCACUCUGAACUAGGCCUUGGCAUAGAUAGAGAACCAGACAUUAUAAAUGUAAGACUGUAUCAAAACAAUAAAGAACAGGAUAUUGCUAUACAGAGGGCGUUGACAACUUCAUUUAGUUUGAUACAGGGUCCACCAGGCACUGGGAAGACCUACACAGGUAUCAAGUUAGUUUAUCUUUUUAAUCAAAUCAACCUGAAAUGGAAGGAAAUGGGCAAUGAGAAGAAACAGAUUAUUUUCUGUGGACCAUCCAAUAAAUCUGUAGAUCUGGUGGCAAAAUGGAUGACAAAGAAGUUUGAGGAUAAAUGCCCUAUAUUGGUUCGUUGGUACGGAAGUUCUAUUGAGGAUGAAGAAUAUCCUAUUCCUGGAAAAACUCAAACUUCACGAGUAGAAAGAUCAAAAGCUGACAAGCACUUGCGUGAAGUUUCCAUGCAUAUAUUGAUAAGGCAAUAUGGAAAGCCUUACCAAGAGGAAAUUGCAGCUUUUGACCAACAAUUCAAAGAACACCCAGAUGGAGUUGAUUAUAAAAUUGUUAAAAAGUAUAGAAACUUAAUAUCUAAAGCUGUUAAUGACGAGGUCAAGCAUCAUGAAGUAAUUUUUUGUACAACAGCAAUGGCGACGAAUCCUAAACUUCUGAAAGGAACACGGGGACGAAUUUUCCAAAUUAUCAUUGACGAGUGUGAAAUGUGUACGGAACCCGAAAGUAUGGCUGCCAUCAUUGCAACCAGAGCUAAACAAGUAGUUCUUAUUGGUGAUUACAAUCAGCUACGACCAAUUGUUAAGUCUUCUGACGCCGCCAAACUAGGAUUAGAAAAGUCUUUGUUUGAAAGAUAUGCAAAAGAGGCAACACUAUUAAAUUCACAGUACAGAAUGAAUCCUGAAAUUUGUGCUUUUCCUUCAAAGCAGUUCUAUAUCAAUAAAUUGAUUACACGGCGAUCAAAAAAAUGGAUGACCGAAAUUCCUCUCAGAUCUUGGAUAAACAAAAAUAUUCCUGUAAUAUUUUGCCAUGUUGAGGGUAGGGAGAAUUAUCUCCCUUUUGAUACAGAGGAAGGAAAUGAACAGUCCUGUUCUAACCAAGGAGAAGUUGAACAUGUGGUAAAGAUAUUUAAACAUCUGGUUGAUGAAGAGUUGAUAGAAACUGAUUAUAUAAAUAUUAUGAGCCAGUAUAAUGCGCAGUGUACAUCUAUUAGAAGAGCUCUGAACGAAGAAAAGUUUAUAAGAUUUAACGUGAAUACAGUUGUGGCCAGCCAAGGAGGUGAAUGGGACUAUGUUAUUAUGAGCCUGGUUAGGUCUUUACCACAUUAUAGAAUAGAACCAAGGCCUACAUUGGGUUGGUGUAAACAGAACCUUGGUUUUAUCACUGACGACCAUCAAGCAAAUGUGGCCUUGACAAGAGCACGUAAGGGACUUAUAGUUGUAGGAAAUAAGGAGCUAUUAAAAUGCAACAGAGUGUGGGGAAAUUUUAUCAACUAUUAUGGAAUACGGGGUUGUGUGGUUGAUAAGGAAAAAUUCCCACCACAAACAUUCCAAUAAGAAAAAAGGGAAAAAUCAAAGAACAAAGAAAGAAAAACAAAGAUUUUAAGAGCUCAGCGGGAAUAUUAAGCAGGCCCUAUAUGGCAAUGAAGAAUCCUGAGUAACUUGUCAGUGUGUCACACAUCUAUUACAGAAUGCUUCAAAUUCAUACAAGUACAUUUUCUUCUUUUAAUGUACCUUCGGUUUUGACACAAUCUUUUUUUAUGCAAAAUCACAUUUUUUCGUGGUAGAUAUUAUACACACAUUACCAAUACAGAUAUUCAGCAUAUUAAGGUAAACGAUGAAGAUCUAAUUCUUCUUGUACCGCAUUGUGCGUUUUGUAUUUGUUUGAUGUGUUUCAGCUUUUGAUUCUACCAU